AUGUGCGUUAAUCAACAGUCAGAUCUCUUGGGAGAAGAUAAAAAAAAAAUCCUCAUGAAAUCCAGGCUUUCCAUUCAAAAUGAUAAUAAGUUAUCUAUUGUUUGUAAAAAUCACAAGACAGAAAGGACGCUAUUCAUCAUGUCAGACUGGGAUGAGGAUAUGUAUGAUGAAAGCGAAGAGGAGGUUCUAUCAUUUGAAGAUGAAGAUGAAAGUUAUGGAAGUGGAAACGUAGAACGGAGCUCACCUCCUCUGAAUUCGGAAGCUUUGUAUUUCAAGGCAAAAAACUUAAAGGAGGAAGAAAAUUAUGAGGAAGCAUUAUGUGUGUUUGAUGAUCUUAUACAAAACUCAGAAUCUUCAGAAGAAUAUAUAUUCAAGUCAAUCAAACAGAAGAUAAAGAUUUACGAACAUCAACGAUGUUUUGAAACUAUCUGCCCAAUGCUUAAAAAGCUACUUUUAUUCAAGGAAAGAGUAGAUAGUUCUUACUUCAGUUCUUCAUUACUUAAAAUACUGACAAGGCUAGAGAGGAGUAACAUUGGUAUAGAGGCCAAAUUAUCAAUCCUUCAAGUUUUUGAUAACUAUAUUUCUACACUCAAAAUGACUCAAAUGGACUUUUCAACACGCAAGCUAAAAUACAAGGUAGUAUUAGCAUUGGCCAAUCAGAAACUAGUUGAAAAUGACUAUACUAAAGCUGUCCAAAUAUUGUCAGGCUUGGAAAAUGAUAUUGAGUUAGAAGAUGAGACAAUAAAAAACAGUUUUUUUCUGGAUAUCAUAGCAGGAAAACUUCUUGUACUUUUGGGUAAUUCUGCACCAAUUAAAGAACUAAAAACAUAUGCAAACAAAGCUACUUUAUUAAUCUCUGGUAUUCCGCAAACUCGAGUGUUGGGUAUUAUCAAUGAAGCUUCUGGUGUUGUUGCAAUGUACUCAGAAGACUAUAUAAACGCCAACAAAUACUUUCAGGACGCAUUCAGGCAUUAUAACGAUUCGGGAGAUACCAGAAGAGUGAAUAUUUUAGUCAAAUUUGUAAUUAGCUCAAUAUUAUCCAAGUCUGAAGUUAACCCGUUUCAAUCCAGUGACAUCCAAGGGUUUUUGAAGUUAGGAUCAAUCAAAUUGCUCAUGAAUAUGAGAAAUGCAAUACAAGAAAAUAACGUGUCCAAGUACAAUGUUAUAAUAGAAUCAACAGAUUUUAGUACCUCUUUCUUGGGCCAGAAAUUUUUGUCAGACUUUAUUCCUGUUAUAACACAUAUGGUUUAUUCGCAAUUCGUAAUUUCUCAAAUUGCCCUAUUUGAGAGAGUUUCAUUUGAUUAUUUUAUUGAGAAAAUGAAUAUAAAAUUAUCUGAAUUUAAGAAACUAGUAUUGGAGCUAUUCAAUGUGGGACUCAUUUCAAAGAUCAAAAUUGAUUUUAGACAUGGUAUUAUAAGAAAAACAGAUUGCACAUUCUUGCAUGAAAAAAGUGUUAACCCGGUGAGUUAUAUUAGGAAUUGUUUUGCCUAUUAUAAUCUAUGUGAUAGUGCAACUCACAUGGAUUUGGAGCGGGAGAUGGAUAAUCUAGCACGCAACCAAAACAAAGAAAUUGGAGAUAUUGAAAUAACUGAAAAACGUGCUCUGAAUGGAUGCAGCAAUAGUGAUUUUGAUGUCUCUUCUAAACGCAAAUUUUUUGAAACAUUUACCACCAAAUAUAAUGUGAAAAUCCAACCGACUAAUACAGAGGAUUUGGAAAUGUCAAAGUUUGAUCUCUUUUAUAACAACAUUAAUCUAAGAGUAUUAGCAAAAGAGCUGUUCAAAAAUCAUACCGUGGGCCUUGGCCUCUUUGAUGACACUGAAAUUAGAAAUAAGCUUAUUAAACAAAUUGAAUUAUACUUGAGACUGCUCUCAAGUUCAGCACCACUACCAAUCACCGAUGACCUUUCAUUUGUUAAUCGAGUUAAGGACGAUAAAAGGUCCUCGGAAUUCAAGAAAUUAUUUAGUAAUGAUAAGGAAAUUAAUGUUUUUACACAGUACGAUCCAAACAUACCUGAGGUAACUCAAGAAACAUCAAUGAAUCCAUUAGAGCCACCUGAAAACUUUGAUUUAAUAAGGGAUCCGGAUGUUUCGCUUUCCCGCAACGAGAAGUUAUUGGAAAGACUAAAAACAAUAGCUAAAACUACAGAAAUUAUAACAGAAAAAAAUGCUAUCACUCUUUUAAAUUCUGGCAAUGUAAAUGGUGCAGCUGAUGAUUAUGAAUUGUCUCCUCGUAAACAGCUUGAUCGUGGCGGCUCUUACACCCGUUUGAAUCCUUGUGAAAUUUUUAGCUCAGUAGAUAGUCCUUUUAAGGCAACAGAAGACCAAUAUGACUACAACUAUGCUUAUGAAGACAAUAUUAACAACAAAAAUGGUAAAGAGGACUACAAUGAUAAUGACGACGACAACUUAUCCUUCAAUGAAUACUAA